UUCCUUUUUAUGGAUAUAAAGGAAGGAUAAGUAAAUACCAAGAAAGACGCAUAGAGGAAAAUGGCUCCAGCGAGCAAGUCUGACAAGAAGGCUGCACUAGAUGCAGCGUCAUGGAUGUUCAACGUCGUCACUUCCGUCGGGAUCAUCAUUGUCAAUAAAGCCUUAAUGGCCACCUACGGCUUCAGCUUUGCCACAACGUUGACUGGUUUGCACUUUGCCACCACCACCUUGAUGACUCUUAUUCUCCGGUGGCUAGGAUACAUCCAACCCUCCCAUCUACCACUAGCGGAUCUUUUGAAAUUUGUAUUCUUUGCAAACUUCUCCAUUGUUGGAAUGAAUGUGAGUCUAAUGUGGAAUUCUGUGGGCUUUUAUCAGAUUGCAAAGUUGAGUAUGAUCCCCGUAUCCUGCCUUCUUGAAGUUGUCUUGGACAAGAUGCGAUACUCUAGAGAUACAAAGCUUAGCAUACUUGUGGUUCUACUGGGUGUUGGAGUAUGCACUGUUACUGAUGUGAGUGUUAAUUCUAGAGGCUUUGUUGCUGCCUUUGUGGCGGUGUGGAGCACUGCUCUGCAACAGUAUUAUGUGCAUUUCCUCCAAAGGAAGUAUUCACUCGGAUCUUUCAACCUGCUAGGUCAUACUGCACCGGCCCAGGCUGCUUCGCUGCUGCUGUUGGGGCCAUUUCUGGAUUACUGGUUAACAAACAAAAGAGUUGACACCUAUGACUAUAAUGUCAUAUCUACGGUUUUCAUUAUGUUGUCAUGCACCAUUGCAGUAGGGACCAACCUAAGCCAAUUCAUCUGCAUUGGCAGAUUCACAGCUGUGUCUUUCCAAGUCCUUGGCCACAUGAAGACUAUACUUGUUUUGAUCUUGGGAUUCAUCUUCUUUGGGAAGGAAGGCCUGAAUUUACAAGUAGUUCUCGGCAUGGUCAUAGCAGUGGUGGGGAUGAUCUGGUAUGGUAAUGCAUCAUCUAAGCCUGGAGGAAAAGAGCGUCGAAGUCAUUCAAUGCCUAACAAUAGACCACAAAAACAUAGUGGGAUGUCUGAGGCCAGUGAACUUGAUGGGAAGGUCUAGAGUUAACAGAAGAUGAUAAUAUGAUUUCUGUAACCUCAUUGACAUUAAGGUUAGAGCCUCGCUUUCAUCUCUCUUUUUUUUCUUUUCCCCUUUCAAUUUUGAGUCACCAUUUUCUUUCGUUGAUGUUGUAUUUGUUUAAGGGAAUGAAUACUCUUAAAAAGGAUGCAGUUUCCCUAAAUAUUCCUUUUGUUAAAAUCAUUAUUUAUAGUAAUUUAUUUUCUUCCAAAUUUUCAAACU